AUGCUAAGCAGGUUACUUAAUAAUAAUAGAAAUGUCCUUCUUAAGAGGACACCGGUGUUGACCACCAAAACACUUACGAGAGCAUCCAUGGUAAGGUUUGCAAGUACUACGGAACCAGCCUCUUCGGUGAAAUCCAAGUCUAAUGACGAGUCUAUGAACGACAGACCUUCUUCCAUGUCUGGAAAGAAAAUAACAUUGGCAGUAUUAUCUGGUGCAGCCUUGGCAUGGGGUUAUAUUUAUUAUCGUGACAAUUAUAUGCAGAAAGCACCCCAAUUUAUUAGUGUAACGGAAGAGCUCGAGCCUUUUUUGGCGCAGAUUGGCCCUUCACAGUACCCAUUAAAGACUACCUACUCUCUUCUGGGUCACGGUGUUAGAUCGGUGACUUUUAUCAAUUUUAAAGCCUAUGGAUUGGCCAUUUAUGCGGCUGAUAAGGAUAUGAAAUUGAUUCCUAAAAUUUUAAAUUCAAAUUUCCUCAAGAAGACUUUUAUUGAUACAGAUCCAGAGAAAUCACAUUCUGAGAACGUAAAACUUGCCUUGGAAGAUCCUGUAAAAUCAGUUGUUUUGAUUAGAAAUCUACUGGAUAGUGGAAUAAGAAUGUGUGCUAAGCUAACACCCAUCAAAUCCACCAAUUUGACUUUCGUCAGAGAGAGUACAAUCAAGACUUUGUGGAAUCAUCCUGACGCUGAAGCCAAUAAAGAAGUUCUAUCUAAAGGCAUUGAUCAAUUAAGAAAGGGUUACAGCAAGAAGGGUUCUUUUUCCCCAAAUGAUGAUUUGGUCAUGGAAUUGAAUGCAGAUGGUUCUCUUCAGUUUUACUACUAUAAUAAUAAGACAAAAGAAACUUUCGAUUUGGGUCUCGUCACAGAGCCUCUAGUCGGUAGAUUCUUAUUUAGUCAAUAUAUGAGCGGUCCAAAGCCAUUGUCACAGGAGACUAAAGAUGCUGUAGUAGAGAAAAUUUCAACUAUGGUGUAA